AUGAAUCUUAAUGCAGUUUCAUUGGCAAUCGCUCAGAUUUCAUUCACAUUAAAAAGUUUAUCAAAGAAAAACUUCAACAGCUCAACAAUUGAAAUAGCUAAUCUCAUAUCAGAAAAUGGAUUCGAAGCUGAACGGCAUUUUUAUCGAACGCUAGUAACAUAUCUUGAUUUAGAAUCGAUCGAACAAAAUAGCUCAUCAAUUAAACGUUCAGAAAAUAUUCAUUUAAAUUAUUGGUUACAAGAACUUCCAUCAUUAAUUUCUAAAUCGAAUUUUGUAACUUUAGUAUGUUAUGCUUUCGACACAGCUAUUACACAAAAAUCACUUAAACUUUCAUCACGUAUCAAUGGGUUUUUAACAAGUUUAUGUAAAUUUUUUAAAUUAACUCGUGCACAAGAACUUCUAUUUGUUUUUGCUUUGCGAAAUUCCAUACAUGUUGAACUUCAGCAAUUAACACAUGAACAUAUAGAACAACGUUUACCUGAUUUCAUUCGUAUUGCAUCCGGUGAUAAUGGCAUCAAUGAACUAGGUCUAGCCGAGUUAUCUAUCGAAGCAGUUCAUUCACUUGUACUACUCAUUCAACAAUAUAUAUCGAAUGAGUCAAUAGGACCAUUGACUACUUCUGAAGAUUAUGAAAGAUUCCUCGAUGUUCUUCGACAAGAAUAUCCAAGAGAACGAAUGGGAAAUAAUGGCUCAUUGAUACUGUUACCUUUACUAUAUUCGUCUAUUACACUAUCGAUCGAUCCAUCGUCAAAUCAGUUAUUAUCAGAUUCAAGUAGUUUGUCAACGAAUGUGUGGCAAAUGGAUGAUUCUCUAGCUGAUGUUAUUCUUGAGAUGGGCUAUAGUUUUACGGCAUGUGUUGAAGAUUGUCGAAAUGCACUUGUUCAUUUUGGUUUACAAGAAUUAAAACCAUCAACAAUUGCUCGAAUGCUUUCAAUUAUGAUUAAGACUCAUUCGGGUCUUACUGAAAACACACACAUUUAUAAUUCCGAUGGUACUGAUAUAUCAAUAAAUAAUGAAAAAAGUUCUUUACAAACAUGGAAUAUUGAUACAUUUGUUCUUGCAAUUAAUGACUUAGUUCCAACUGUAAAUUGGAAAGAUGUUGUACAAGAACUUGAUCAUCCCGGUUUUUUUUUAAGUGAUCGACAAGCUUUAGUACUGUUGGUGACUGCACUUCGUCGAGCUUUACCAGUUGAACUUUAUAUUGAUUUACUCUAUGGAAAAUGGAAUAACGUAGAAGGACAACUAUCAUGGAUAACUCAAGCUAUUCGUUAUCCAGAUAUAUUUUGUUUCGGUGAUCAUCCAGCACAUCCUGUUUUAAUCGAUUGUCUAAAACAUCCACUAGAUGAUACAAAAGAAAUAUGGACUUGGCGUUCAUUAAAUUUAAUCGAAUGCUUAUUACGUAUUGCCGAUACAGGUUUAUAUCCAACUGUACUAGAUAUAUUUAGACAUGGAAUACAACGUGCGGGUGAAUUAAUCUUUCUUGGUUUGUUACAACUUACGAGUGUAUGGACAACAUUGAAACAAGAUCUAUUAUUAUUAAUCAUUCCUACUUUACUUUCCAAUAGUCCCAAUGCAAAUCUAUUGCUUAAUUAUAUGUGGAAUUCACAACAUCAAACAACAUUAUUACGAACAACACUUUUAACAUCAUUAGCUGAUUGGUAUAAUCGAGCAAAUGACAUUGAACAGCAAAUACGUCUUAGUCGUGUACUUGAAGUUGUACAAGAUUUAAAAAGUUUACCAACAUUACUUGGAGCCAAACCAAUGACAUUCAUACUCGAUCUUGCUUGUCUAGCAUCAAGGCGUGGCUAUUUAAAGUUAGAUAAAUGGUUAUCAGAUAAAUUACGUGAACAUCAAGAAUUAUUUGUUCAAACAUCAAUUCAAUACUUACGAAAAAAAGCUCCACAAUUACUACUUCCACCACCAUUAUCAAAAGAUGAUAUCAAUUUUAAACCAAUAUCAAAUGCUGAAACAAUUAAUGUUCUAUUAGCUGUUCUUCAAUUAGCAUUAUCAUCCAUAACAAAUAGGGAUCUUAUUCAAGAAAUACCAACAAUGUUAUCAACAGCGAAAAUUUUUAAUACAUUAUCAUCAUCAACAACAAUAGCAGGAACAACAACAGCAACAGCAACAACAACAGGAAACAAUUUUUCAAAUACAAAUAUUAAUGAACAGACAUUACAAAGACCUUCAUCGAUAUCAUUGUCACUAAAUCCACAACAAUUAUAUCAUCAUUCGUCAUCGUUUACACCAUCACCUACUAAUCCAUCAAAUGGAUUUUCAUUAACAGCGCAAUUACGUUCACUACUAAGUUCGAAUGGUAAUGAUCCAUUAGCUAUUGGUUCAUCAUCAUCGUCCACAAUAACAACAACAGCGACAACAGCAACCACAUCUAUGGGUGAAAUAGCUGAUGUUGAUGUUUAUUUUAAACGCUUGUAUUCAAAAACAAAUAAUCCACCACCGAUAUCUGUUGAUGAAUUUCUUGAUAUUAUGACACGUUGUAAAGAUUCUCAAAUUCAACGAGAAAAAGAUGUCUUUCAUAAUGGUAUAAGAAAUUUAUUUGAAGAAUAUAAAUUUUAUAUUCAAUAUCCUGAAAGAGAAUUACAUUUAACAGCACAACUGUUCGGUGGUCUUUUCGAACGUGGAUUAUUUCAACAACAAGCUUUAAUUGCUGCAUAUCGUGCUAUUUUAGAAGGUUUAAAAAAACCUGCCGGAACAAACCUAUGGAAUUUUGGUGUUACAGCACUGGAUAGAUGCAAAGCAAGAAUCCGUGAACAACCAACAUUUCUACAAGGUUUACGAAGUCUAAUAACCUAUUCGGAAAUACCACUGAAUAUCCGUGAGUAUCUUGAAUAUGGCACAAAACCACCUAUUCAACAACAACAAUUCGAUCCAAUACGUACAUUGACACCAACAUCGGGCUUAUCAGCUCCAGUAACAGUUAGUCCACAACCACAACUACCUCAUUCAACGAUGAACUCAUCGAAUAUGUUUCCACGUAUGAAUAGUGGUCCUCCGAUAACUAAUCCACAACAAUAUGUACCUGGUAAUAUUGGUGUCGGAAGAGAAAAUCCAGCCCAAAAAGGACCAUCGUUAACCCAAAACGCAAAUAUUCGAACAUUGAUGAGUGAUCCAAGUUAUCUUCUUGUACGAGUUAAACCACCACCAGAACAAAUUAAUGAUAAAGUUUCAUUUACAUUUAAUAAUUUAUCAUUUGCUAAUUUGUCUCAAAAGGCUGAAGAAUUAAAAGAAGUUUUAGGUAACGAUGAACAAUUAUGGAAAUGGGUUGCACAAUAUUUAGUCAUUAAACGUGCGUCAAUUGAACCCAAUUUUCAUUCAUUAUAUGCUGGCUUUAUAAAUACAAUCAAUGUCAAUAUUCUUUAUGAUACUGUGCUAACAGAAACACAUCGAAAUAUUAAAAUUCUCUUAGAAAGUGAUAAACAAAUGAAUAAUAUACCCGAUCGUGCAUUAUUAAAAAAUCUCGGUCAUUGGCUUGGAAUCAUAACCAUCGCUAAAAAUAAACCAAUUCUUGCUACGGACUUGGAAAUAAAAUCUAUAGUUAUUGAAGCAUAUCAUAUGGGAUCACAAGAAUUAUUAUAUGUUGUACCAUUUGUAGCUAAGAUUUUAGAAUCAUGUACACGAAGCAAAAUUUUUCAACAACCAAAUCCAUGGCUAAUGGGUAUUAUGUCUGUUCUUGCUGAAAUGCAUUCGACACCAGAUUUUAAAUUGAAUUUAAAGUUUGAAAUUGAAGUACUUUGCAGACAAUUACAGAUUCAAUUAACUGAUCUACCAAUUCAUCAUACACUAUCUAAUAAAGAAUAUUUCGAUAAGAUUGAAAAACAAUUAUCAAAUAAUAAUCGCCAAACAUCUAACAUAGGAUCUAUGGUUUAUCAAUCUCAACAAUCAACAAACCAAACAGCAUCAUCAACACUUUAUAAUGAUCCAGCUAUUUUGAAUUAUCAUCAAUUGUCAACAAAUCAACAGUCUUCAUCAACAGGAACUUUAUCAGUAUUACCUAUUCCAAUUCAACAACAGCAACAAACAUUAUCGGUAACACCAUCCUCCUCCUCUUCGUCAUCAUCAUCAGUAUCAACAGUCCCGCCUGUACCCAAAUAUAAAUUAUCGGACUUUAAACCAUCUAUAUUUCAAUCUUUAAGUUCUAUGCUUGAAAUAAAUCCAAAUAUACUUCUCUUUCAACAUCAUCCACGUCUUAAAACAUAUAUUCAUUCACCCAUUGAACAAGCCAUCAAUGAAAGUCUUCAAACAGUUCAACGUUCUCUUAAAGUUGCCACAAGUGCAGCCGAAACGAUUGUACGAAAAGAUUUUCUUCUAAAUCCAGAUGAACAACAAUUACGAACAUCAGCACGUAAUAUGGUUGCUUAUCUAAGUAGUGGUCUUGUUCUUAUAACAGCUCGUCCAGCAUUACAAGAUCAAAUACAAUCUUAUAUUAAAACACAUUUACAAACAGUUCUUGGUGUUCCACAAGUACCAGCAGCCAAUUCGGGAACAACAAACAACAACAAUAACAACACCAAUAACAGCAACAACAACAACAACAACAAUAAUAAUAAUGAUACAUCAGCAUCAACUAGUACAACAACAGUAACGAAUGGUGCAGCCAAUGAUCAACUAUCGAGUCAAACACGUGAAAUGAUUAAUCAAGCAGCAACAGAAAUUGCAGCUUCAAAUAUUGAAUUAUGUUGUUGCCUUUUACAAAGAAUAACAAUUCAUCGAGCUAUACAAUUAAUUGAUCAACGUUUAGCUGGUGAUAUUGAAAUUCGACAACGUUGUCGAUUAGAAGGAAGACAAUUACCAACAGCGACCAGUGUAGCUGAAUUUCAGUCAGAUAGAUUAUUAGAACCUAUACGUUUACGUUACGGGCCAUUGUCAUCACAUCAAUUAGCUAUUUAUGAAGAUUUUGUUCAUUUUAUUCCAGGUUUUAAACCAAGUGACAAUGAAAAACGAGAACUUGUUACGAUGGAUGAGACUGGCCCAUCCGUAUGGGAACGUUUAAUAGCUGAAAUUGAUCAAAUCAUAUCAACUCAACAUAAUCAAACCUUUGCUAAUGCAUUACAACGAUUAUUAGAAAAUGUUAAUGUUUUACGAACCAAUUUACAUAAUCAAACAUCAACAAAUGCACCACAAGUCGCAUUAAAUAAUGUGUUAAAUAUAAUAAUUUAUAAUUUACUAGAACAUUAUACACUUCAAGCUCAAACACAAGAUGGUGAAAAUUUAGAACGUUUUAAACAUGUUCAUAUGAGUGUAUUAAAAUUACUUGUUGAAAUACGUUUACAUAUGUCACUUAUUAGUAAACAAUUAACAAAAGCCUGGCUAGAUUGUCCAAAUGAACUUAAAUUUAAUGUUUAUGCUGUUAAUCAACUUUUACGUAAUCGUCUUCUUGAUAUACGUCAAAUGGAUUCACAUGUUGCACAAUUAAUUGAUUCAGGAAAUAAUCCAGCACUGCAUUUUGCUGUUAAUUUUCUUCGUAAUUGUGUUAUUGAACAUCCAUGUUGUGUCGAUAGUGAUAUCGCAUCCAUACUUGAUUCGCUUCAUCGUAUAUCAUUGAUUGGUAAACAACCAGCUGAAGCUGUUCGAGAUUUACUUGAAAUUAUACGAUUAAAUUAUACAACAUUAGCAGCAACGAAUGAAACAAAUUCGACAAAUGAUACAAAUGCAAACGCUCAAUCAAAUGCUAAAAUCGAUAAAUUAGCUAUUAUAUCAUUAUCUGUUAUAAGUAAUGGACAUAAAUAUUUGACAUCAACGGAUGAAAUAGAAACAACGGCCAUAGCUAAUAAAGCUAAACAUAUUCUAAGUGAUUGGGUUACAUUAACAAUGACACAAACGAAUCGUAUUAGCCAACAGCAAUCAUUUCAAGGCGUUUUCAAUCAAAUGAACAUGCAAGGCUUAUUUCGUUCAGAUGAUACAAUAGCCAAAUUUCUUCGUAUGACAAUUCAAUUAUGUGUUAAUAGUGUUUAUGAUAUUAUUCGACAAGCACCACCAAUAACAUCAUCAUCAUCAUCAUCAACAUCGACAGCAACAGCACAACAAGCCCAUUAUGCACGUUGCCAUCAAGGCAUUGAUUCGCUUUGCCGAUUUUUAUCUCUUUUAACAACACAUACAUCAGAUAUUAAUAAUUAUGCGUCGAGAAUACACUUAAUUAAUCGUAUAUUAGGAAUCUUAGCUGCACAUUGUUUUGCUGAUCAUGAAGAACAAGGUGAUCAAUUUCAUCCAUUGGCUUAUCAAAGAAUCAUUCUUAACUUGUUUCAAGAAUCUACAGCUGCUGUUACGUCAACAAUGUCAAAUACAACACCCGGUGCUGACACUUCAUCGACUAAUGAAUAUGCAAUGUAUUAUAUUUACCUGGCAUUUACAAAUUGUUUACAUCUUUUGCGUCCUCAACGUGUACCUGGCUUUGCAUUUGCUUGGCUUGAAAUUGUUGCACAUCGAACAUUUAUGUCACGUCUACUUUUAUCAGCUGGUCGCUUUACGCGUCAGACACAUAAUAUGUAUGCAUUGUUACUUGUUGAUGCAUUACGUUUAGUAACACCAUUUAUACGUUCUGGUGAACAUGCACAAUCGUUUCAAGUUUAUUUCAAAGGCAUAUUAAAAACAUUUAUGCUGUUAUUACAUGAUUUUCCAGAAUUUUUAUGCGAACAUUAUUAUCAAUUUUGUGAUGCCUUGCCAUUAAUAGCACAUCAAUUGCGUAAUAUUGUUUUAUCAGCAUUUCCGAAACAUAUGCGUUGUCCCGAUCCAUUUUUGGUUAAUUUCAAAGUUGAUAUGCUUAAUGAUAUCUCAAUUGUACCGGUGAUAGCUUAUAAUUUUUCACAAAAUAUUCAACCACCAAAAUUUAAGCAAAAUCUUGAUUCAUAUUUACGUACACGUGCACCAGUUACAUUUCUAUCUGAAUUACGUUCAUAUUUACAACAAGGUGCUGAUCCUGGUUCACAUUAUAAUAUAAGAAUGUUAAAUGCACUUGUUUUAUAUGUUGCUACACAAGCAUUAUUAACAUUAAAUAAUAAAACAAAUGGGCAACCAUUGAUGUCAUCAAUAACACAUUCUGCUCAUAUGGAUAUAUUUCAAAAUUUAGCCGUCGAUUUAGAUACUGAAGGACGUUAUAUAUUUUUAAAUGCCAUGGCAAAUCAUUUAAGAUAUCCAAAUACGCAUACGCAUUAUUUUAGUUAUACACUUUUAUAUUUAUUUGCUGAGGCAAAUUCAGAAGCUUUACAAGAACAAAUUGUUCGAGUUUUACUUGAACGGCUCGUUGCUAAUCGACCACAUCCAUGGGGAUUAUUAAUAACAUUUCUUGAACUUGUACGAAAUCCAAAUUUAAAAUUAUGGUCUCGAGAAUUUAUGAGCAUUUCACCGGACGUUAAACGUUUAUUAACAACAUUGACACGUGGCUUUCCUCAUAUUCCAAACGCGCCCAUUGGAACUCAACAGCAACAGCAACAACAACAGCAAACUGCGAUUGUUAAACCCUAGUUAUUUAUCAAUUCAUCUUAUCGGUUUAUUUAUUGUGCUCGUUAUUAUUCAACAAAUCAUCAGCUACAAUGGUCAUCAUCUCGUGUUCGUCAAACAUUUGUCGAUUAUUUUACCAGACAUUCUCAAAUACCUCAUAUAAAUAUCCCAUCAUCAACCGUCAUUCCACCAAAAGAUGCUGGAACGUAUUUUGUAAACAGUGGAAUGAAUCAAUUCAGAAGUAUACUUCUGUCACACCAGGAUAAAGUUUCUCAACAAUGUGUUGUUAAUUAUCAAAAAUGUAUUCGUGUCGGUGGAAAACAUAAUGAUUUAUCGGAUGUUGGCCAUGAUACAUAUCAUCAUACAUUUUUUGAAAUGCUUGGAAAUUGGUCAUUUAAUAAUUCUUAUUUUAAACGUGAAGCAUGUACAAUGGCUUAUGAUUUAUUAACAAGAAUUUAUGGCAUUGAAAAAAACAGAUUAUUUUUUACAUAUUUUAAUGGCGAAAACAAUCUUAUUCAACCCGAUUAUGAAACCAAACAGAUUUGGAUGGAUUUAGGAAUUGAUUCAAAUAGAAUUUUACCAUUUGGAAUGAAAGAAAAUUUUUGGGAAAUGGGUGAAAUAGGACCAUGUGGCCCAUGUACUGAAAUACAUUAUGAUCAUACAAGUCAAGGAGAUCCACUACAAGUUAAUAGAGAUAAUCCGCGUGUUGUCGAAUUGUGGAAUCUUGUUUUUAUGCAAUACGAACGACGACAAGAUAAAUCUUUAAUACCUUUACAUAAUUUUCAUGUUGAUACUGGUAUGGGACUUGAACGUCUUGUUGCUGUUCUCAAUUCAUUUGAAUCGAAUUAUGAUACUGAUUUGUUUACUCCACUUUUUGAUACUAUUCAUUCUUAUUGUCAUCCAUCAUGUUCCAUCCCAGUUUAUUCUCAAGCAAAUAAAAAUCAACAAUAUGCAUAUCGUUUAUUAGCAGAUCACACUCGAAUGUUUACAAUAGCUAUUGGUGAUGGUCUCAUACCAGAGAAAAAAGGUAUUGGAGGCUUACUAAAGAAAAUGAUUGAACGAGCAACACGUAUUAGCUAUGAAUAUUUACAUAUUGAUGAAGAAAAUGUUGCUAUUAUAUCUAAAUUAAUUCCCAUAGCAACGCAAAUUCUUUCUAAAGCGUAUCCAGAUUUGAAUGAAAAAUUAAAUCGUACAAUGGAAAUUGUUAAAUAUUGCGAAGUAAAUUAUAUGAAAAAAUAUAAAUUAGCUAAACCUUUACUUGAAAAAUUUAUUCAGGAUAAAAUUUUAAAAUCAGAUUAUUUUAUAUCUGGUGAUGAUAUUUAUCGUUUAUAUGCUGGCAAAAUUAAUCAUGUUAAUGUACCAUUAGAAAUGAUUGAAGAUUAUACUCGCUUAUUUCCAGCUAUUAAAUUUGAUUGGUCAAAUUUUGAAGAAUUGAUGCGUGAAGAAACACGUAAAAGUAAAAUAUUCUCAGUUUAUAAUAAAACUAUGCAAACCAAUGAAAAUGUAUUUCAACAUCCGACAGAUAAAAUCUUAGAUUUAAUAAAACAAUGUUCUUCAUUGAAACAAACCAUUGAUGAACCAUAUAAAUAUCAAGCUGAUAAAUCUCUAAAUGCCAAAGUACAAUUAAUUAUUCAAAAUAAUAAUAGUAAAAAUCAAUUGACUGUUUUUCAAUCAAUUGAUAAAAAUUGCAAAUAUUAUAUUCUUCUUGAUCACACUAAUUUUUAUUCAACUGGUGGAGGUCAAACAUCUGAUCAUGGAACAAUUCAAUUUUCUAACAAUUUAAUUUUUCAAGUCGAAAAUGUGUUUCGUCUUCAUGAACAUAUUCUUCAUUAUGGCUCCUUUUUAGGAAAUGAAAAUAUAGAUGAUAAAAACGUUGUUUGUCAUGUUGAUAUGAAACGAAGAUUAAAUUUAAGUAGGAAUCAUACAACAACACAUUUAGUUAAUAGAAUCUUACGAGAACUACUGAAUGAUUCAAAUUUAAUACAAAAAGCAUCCUUAAUACAUGAAGAUUAUUUUAUAUUUGAAUAUUCAUCAAUUAAUACGAAUGCAAAUAACAACAUUUUUGAAGAACUUGAAAAACGUGUCAAUGAAACCAUUGAUCUCAAUCUUCCAAUAUCAAUAAGUUCCCUUAAUUAUAAUUCAAUUCGUUCUGAUUUGAAUAUUUAUCGUUUGUCUAAUGAGCUUUAUCCAUCCGAUGUUCGUUGUGUUAAUAUUGAUGAAUCAUUUUCUCGUGAAUUAUGCUGUGGUACACAUGUGUCAUCAACAAAUGAAAUAGAAGAUUUUCUUAUUGUUCGUGUUGAUUCGAAAGGUCAAAGUAAUAAACGUCUUUAUUGUUUAACUGGUUCGUUUGCAAAAAAUGCUCGUUAUUUAUUUGAAAAUGAUUUUCAAAAACAAUUUCAUUAUCUUAAACAAAAUCAUGAUCAAAUAUCUGUCGAUGAAUUAUAUAGUCAAUGCCGAAAACUACGUGAAAUAUAUCUCGAUGAAAAAUCAUUACUUUUCCCAUUUAAUCAACGUUCUGAGUAUUUAAAUCAUUGGCAUAAAUUAAUGCCCGAUAAGAAAAUUCUAAGAAAAUAUUUAUUAAAUCAACUAAAUGAAGAUUUAAAGAAAAAUUUUAUUCAUUCAAAUGUUGAUUUACCCAUAUAUGAUAUUGGCUAUAUGCUUUUACGUUAUGACGAUGAAAAUAAUACACGAAAACAUCAACCCUAUGUUAUCUAUAUCAAUUUUCAGCAAAGACUGAUGAUAGUUUAUUUGAAAAAUCCUCGUCAACGAAGUCAGUUAAUUGAAAAAAUGAGAAACCAAUCUGAAAUGAAGAUGAUAGAAAAUUUUGAAAAUUACGAUCAACAAACACAAGAUUUAUUUACUACAACAAAAAAAUUAGUUGUGUUUAAACAUAUUGAUAAAAAUAGAUUUGAUAAAAUGAAUUUUCAACAAAUAUGUGAUGAACUUUUUUCAAAUGUGUUUUAG